AUGUCCUCCACCCUCAAACCCCUAACCCUGCACGCCCACAGCACAGGACCCAACCCCUACAAAAUCGCCGCGGCCCUCGAAUUCCUCUCCAUCCCCUACACCGUCAAACUCUGGCAAUUCGGCGAGGGCCCCAACGGCGUCAAAGGUCCCAACUUCCUCCCCAUCAACCCCAAUGGUCGAGUCCCCGCCGUCGAAGACCCCAAUACAGGCGUCACGAGUUGGGAAAGUGGAGCGAUCAUGAACUACAUCUUGCGAGUCUAUGAUAAAGAGAAUAAAUUGGGUCCUAGGGGAACUUCGGAACAAGAUCGCGUGGAUUUUGAGAAGUGGGAGUACUUUCUGUUGAGUACUCUUGGGCCAAUGAUGGGCCAAGUCAAUUGGUUCACACACUACAACUCCACCAAAAACGAAGAUGCUCGGAAACGGUACGAAGUGCAAGCAUAUCGAAACUUUGAAGUUCUGGAUGGCCAGCUCAGUCACGGGGAUGGGGAUUUCAUCUUGCCCGGUGCUACGCCUACUGCUGUGGAUUUGCACUUUUAUCCCUGGGUGAGGUCGUAUGAGUAUGCGCAGUUGAGUUUGGAGAGUUAUCCGAAUGUGAAGAAGUGGGUGGCGGGGAUGAAGGAGUUGAAGGAGAUUAAGGCUGCUUAUGAGAAGAUUUCUGAGGGGGAGGCGAUGUGA